AUGCCAGAAGAUCCGUAUGCUCGACUAGCAGAGGAGUUGUCCAAAAGCAGCAUCUCUGCCCCUCGCUUUGUAGCGCUGAGACCGGACACAUCCGUCCCAAGGAAGUUGCUUCAAUUCUACGUUGUUGUCGCGACUCGUGGAGUUAACAUUCGGAUUCACAAGCUGUCUUUGGGCAGCGCCCUGUGCCCUGCUCACAGCGAUGCCAGUGUUCAGGGCAGAGACGAGGAAAAGCUGGUGUCAGCAGUGCAGGAGUACUUCGUCAGAUCUUUCCAAGAUGUAUACGUCGAUGACUUCCUGUCGCUACAUGAAAAGUGCAGCGGGCUUGUAGCGCACUGCUUAGGCACUUCCGAAGAACAUCUAGAGCUGGCGGCGUCGCUGGCACUCACGAACCAGCUCUUAGACGCCGGAGCUGCUGCCAUGAACAUGGGAAGCCUCGACUUUCUGCAGCAUGCUGUGUCAAAGUUGGUGCCUGAUUUCGUUUCACCACCUUUGCGGACGCCGACUGACCUCUCCAACUGGCAAAACAUAUGGCCUCACUUUGCCGUUCCGCUUUUGCAAGGAGGAGGGCCAAGUGCUGCUCGGCAUAAGAUGAGCAUGCUGUUCUCAACCGCGCAUUUUGCACGAAGUGACUCAGAGACCUCAGUCUCAUAUCAGGAUCUGACUUGCAUCGACAACGUCUAG